GUUGGGGGAAGAAUAAAAAAAAAUGUCUGGAGAUCCAGUACAGACCGCUAAGCGAAGGCUGUCGUUGCUACCUGGAUUUAUGCCGUCUCUUUCAAGAAUUUUGAGUUCCCCACCGUGGGAUAUUGAAGCAUUUGCGUUAUUGUUAUUUUGAAGCAUAUUUAAGGUGGCCUUUAGCGCCUAGAGCACCACAUCUCUAAAGAAGCGAGAAAACCAGACACUGAGUGAAAGGAAUGUUUUUUGCUCUCACCGAGAGCUGUUUUUCUCACUCUCCCUCACAAUCUCUCAUCCCAUCUGUUGGAGCACUUAUGCCAAGGCUGUUUCAUAACCACAAAUUCAUGUCUUGUCUGCAGCGCUUUGAGUGACACUUUUUUUUUUCCCCCGAGAUAAUUACUGUUCUGUUUGUUUAGAAAGGCAGCUUUGUAGCAGCCUGCACCUUUUUUUUUUCCUCCUGAAAAUUCUCAAAGAGGGGUCUACAGCCCCCCCCACACCCAGAAAAACAAACCAAACAAUGAUAUGGUCCCUGUUUGAUUUGUUAAACUAACAGCCAACAACUAUGAUUCACAUGUGCAUACAUAGUAGUCCCACUUAAAGCAAAGUUCAAUUUUUUUGUUUCGCCUUGGCUGACCCCCUCAAUCAAGCUGUACCAGCCUCAUCCUACUCUAGUAUGAGUUAUGACAACUCUAAAUCAAUGCCUAGCAGCAGCAAUCGGGGGCGAUUGGCAGGGGCCGAAGGGAAAGACCCGGAAGCGGAUUCACAGAGGUUAAAUGUGCACGAAAUCGGCAGCAGUGGUCAGUCUGGUGUCGAUGUUACACACAAGGACCAGGGGAGCGGAGAGGGAGGAGGUUCAUCCCCCAGCGACGGAUCUCGGUCUGGAGGUUCGUCCAGAGAUCAGAGGUGUCCGACUUCGGACGAUAUGGAUGGAAUCUCGAGCGGGAACGACUCCGGGGAGAGGGAGAGCGAGGGCAGGAUGGAGAGGCAGAGCAGGUCUCGCGGACAUCAGUCCGCACACAGCUCCCACAGCUCUUCAAAUGGCAAGGACUCUGGCAUGAUACUGGAGACUACAGAGAGCAACAAGAGCUCCAACUCCCAGAGCCUGUCACCUCCCAGCGGGUCCCUGGUCUACAGCCUGCCAUCGUCCAGCUCGGAGCACGACCCCCCCUCCACCUCCGGAUGCAGCAGUGACCAGUCAGCCAGGGUCCAGACGCAGAAGGAGCUCAUGAAGGCCAUCAAAGAGCUCAAGCUCCGACUGCCAGCUGAGCGCAAGGCCAAGGGCCACUUCAGCACUCUAAACGCACUCAAAUACGCUCUGCAGUGUGUCAAACAAGUCCGAGCUAACAAGGAGUACUAUCACCAGUGGAGUGUGGAGGAGUGUCACGGCUGCAGUCUGGACUUGUCCACCUUCACGAUUGAGGAGCUGGAUAAUAUCACCUCAGAGUACACCCUCAAAAACACUGACACGUUCUCCAUGGCAGUAUCAUUCUUGUCAGGGAAGGUUGUGUACAUAUCGCCCCAGGGCUCAUCCUUGCUGCGUUGUAAGCCCGAGUGUCUCCAAGGAAUGAUGUUCUCUGACCUUUUGGCUCCGCAAGAUGUCAGCACCUUCUACAGCAGCACGGCACCCUGCCGCCUGCCCCCGUGGGCCUCCUGCAUCGGCUCUGCGUCUCCUCCAGUCGACUGCACCCAGGAGAAGUCCAUGUUCUGUCGGCUCAGUGCUGGCCGGCCGCAGGGCGGCGAGAUGCGCUACUACCCAUUUCGCCUCACGCCCUACCAGCUCACCAUCAGAGACUCGGAUGCUGCUGAGCCACAGCCCUGCUGCCUGCUGAUCGCAGAGAGGGUCCACUCUGGAUAUGAAGCUCCUCGCAUCCCACCCGACAAGAGGAUCUUCACCACCAGUCACACUCCCAGCUGCCUCUUCCAGGAAGUUGAUGAAAGGGCAGUGCCACUGUUGGGUUACCUCCCUCAGGACUUGGUCGGGACACCCAUCCUGCUCUGCAUCCACCCUGAGGACAGGCCCAUUAUGGUGGCUAUACAUGAGAAGAUCUUUCAGUUUGCUGGGCAGCCGUUCGACUACUCGCCCCUGCGGAUGUGCGCCCGCAGCGGGGAGUACGUCACCAUGGACACCAGCUGGUCUUCCUUUGUUAACCCCUGGAGUAGAAAGGUGGCGUUCAUCGUGGGGCGGCACAAAGUCAGAACGAGCCCGCUGAAUGAAGACGUGUUCACCGCACCGCAGGACUGUGAGAAUCGGGUCACCACGCCCGACAUCGUCCACCUGAGCGAGCAGAUCCAUAGACUCCUGGUGCAGCCAGUGCACAGCAGCAGCUCUCAGGGCUACAGCUCUCUUGGGUCCAGCGGUUCACGGGGCUCUCACCGCUCCAACCAACAGCACCUCAGUGCUUCGGCCGCCUCGUCCAGCGACAGCAACAGUCCAGCUGUAGAUGAGGCCGCAGGCGCAUUCCACAAACCUAUGACGUUUCAGCAGAUUUGCAAAGACGUCCAUAUGGUGAAAACAAACGGGCAGCAGGUUUUCAUCGAGUCUCGUAACCGCCCACUGCCGAGGAAAAACACCAGCACAGACACAGUGGCCGUCAGAGCGAUCAACAGUGAUCCAGUCAGAAGUUUGAUAGCAGACAUGACAAACCCAUCCAAAAGUUUGGUCCCUGCACCGCUUGUACCCAAGGAACCAUCUACGAGCUACUCCUACCAGCAGAUCAACUGUCUGGACAGCAUCAUUAGGUACUUGGAGAGCUGCAACAUUCCCAAUACAGUCAAAAGGAAGUGUGGUUCCUCCUCCUGCACUGCCUCCUCAGCAUCUGAUGACGACAAACAGGAGCCCAACGGCAACAGCAAAGGUGGUUCAGUUAACCUCGUAGGUGAACCACCUCCUCUGCCUCCUCUGACCAUGGCCACAAAGGCAGAAAGUGUAGCCUCAGUUACGUCUCAGUGUAGCUUCAGCAGCACCAUCGUCCAUGUUGGAGACAAGAAGCCUCCCGAGUCAGACAUCGUCAUGGAGGAAGCUCCUACAACUCCCACACCGGCUGCACAGACUCCUCUCGACACCACCCCGACUCCUCCCGCAAGCAGCUUAGAGCUUCCCGCUAACAUCGCGCCUCCUCCGCCUCCUCCUCCGCCACCUCCUCCUCUCCCUCAAGCCAGCCAGCCUGAUAGGGACAGCCGGAGAAGUGGAAGUGUAGGAGGCGGAGCGGCGGGAGGUGGAGGUAGCAGGCUGGGUCUUACCAAGGAGGUGCUGUCCGCCCACACUCAGCAGGAGGAGCAGGCCUUCCUCGACCGCUUCAAGGACCUCAGCAAGCUGCGCGUUGUCGAUCAGACGGUAUCUUCAACUGUGCGCUGCCACGCCGCAGCUGUCAACCCCCUGUCACGAGGGGUGCGUUGUUCCCGUGACUACCCAGCUGCAGGAGGUAGCAGUGGUCACAGACGCGGCCGUGGCGGUAAGAGACUUAAGCACCAGGAGUCUUCUGACCAGCACAGCUCUCUGGGCCUGAGUGGGGGUCGUCAGGACCCCAGAAGCAGCACUGCUCCCAUGCCCCUCAACAUGCCUCUCGGCCCUCCAACAACCUCAUCCUCCUGGCCUUCUGUAGGCUCCCAGGCUAGCAUGCCACCCGCUGCUUUUCCCCCUGGUAUGCUUCCAAUGUACCCCGUCUACCCACCUCUUACGCAGCCAUUACCUGUCCCAGAUCCAUCACGUUUCCCCCCCACCCAGAUGGUUCCUCCCAUGAUGGCCUUCGUUCUGCCCAACUACAUGUUCCCGCAGAUGGGAGUGCCCAUGUGUCAGCCAGGCUCCACCCCUGGACCAUUUUACAAUCCCAACUUCGGCUACCCCGGGGCCCCUUCAGCUGCUGUCCCCACAGCCGCUGUCCCCACUACUGUUUCCAACCCCAUGCCCACGCCAGGCACAUGUGCCCCGUCUCGCAGCAGCACGCCACAGUCUUACACUCAGACGCCAGCUGAUCGCGAAGGCGCGGAGUCACCCCUCUUCCAAUCCCGAUGCUCCUCCCCUCUCAACUUGCUUCAGCUGGAAGAGUCGCCGAGCAACCGGUUAGAGGUCGCCACGGCACUAGCAGCAUCUCAGCAGGCAUCGCCUUCGGUCCAGGGCGGGGCAGCCAGGGGGCAAAGUUCCACCAAUCAGAGGAGCUCAGAUGACACCUCCAAGGAAAAUGAGAAUGGUGAAGCUAAUGAGUCCAACAACGAUGCCAUGUCCACCUCCAGUGACCUGCUGGACUUGCUGCUCCAAGAAGACUCGCGCUCAGGCACCGGAUCAGCUGCCUCUGGUUCAGGAUCUUCAGGAACAAGAUCCUCGGGUUCAGGCUCUGGUUCCAACGGCUGCAGCUCCUCUGGCACCAGCGGCACCAUCAGCAGCCAGGGCAGCCACACCAGCAAGUACUUCGGCAGCAUCGACUCGUCGGAGAAUGACCAUUCCCGCAAACAGCCAGCAGGGGGCAGCAGCAGUGCAGGAGGAGACGGUGGAGAGGAGCAGUUCAUCAAGUGUGUGCUGCAGGACCCCAUCUGGCUGCUUAUGGCCAACACAGACGACAAGGUCAUGAUGACCUAUCAGCUGCCUGUCAGGGACUUGGAGACGGUUCUGCGAGAGGAUCGUGAGUCCUUGAGGAACAUGCAGAAACACCAGCCACGCUUCACAGAGGAGCAGAAGAGGGAGCUGAGCCAGGUCCAUCCCUGGAUCCGCACCGGACGCCUGCCGCGAGCCAUCAACAUCUCCGGCUGUACCGGCUGCAAGUCUCCCCCCGCUGUGCCCCCUGCCGCCCCGUUCGACGUGGAGAUCCACGACAUGGAGCUGUGCAGCGUGCUCAAGACCGAGGAGGAGAACGCCAGUGAGACGAUGAAAAACCUCGCAGAGGCAGCUCACCCUGAGGACGAAGAGGAGGAGGAAGGAGUUGAAGAUAAAGGAACGGAAAAACAGGACAGCAGCCAAGACAUGGCGGCAGAGGAGGAGGGAGUGAGGUCAGACACUGUGGAAAGAAAAAGUGAGACUUAGCCACUGGAGUCUAACGGGACUCACCUCGCAGGUGGGCCAAAGUGAAAAGCACUAUCGCCCAUCAUGAGCUUCAUCAUGAGACAAUAUGCGCCAUCCAGGACUUCCUGUGCUCAAAGCAUCAUUACAGAGGCUGUAAUCCAAUGAGCUUGCGCUGGGAUGCUGAGGUGCAUACUGAUGAAGACAACUGCCGUUUAUUGUCGGACAGCAGGUCAGGCAGGACACGUUGAUUCUUUGAGUCUGAUUUCGAUGUCAGCGGUCCAGGCACCCACUGUAACUCAUAAGUAAAUGCCUUGGACACCACCGGACACGCACACUCAGUUUUAGAGAGUGAAUUAGUCCUGUUUUCUUUCUUUUUGUCUAUUUUUUUUUUUUUUAUUGUCUUUGUAGUUCAUGGUAUAUUUAUUUAAGUUGUAAAAUAAUCAGAGGAGACUAAGGUUAAUGUGUUGCAAAGAAAAAAGUGCGCCUUUACAUAAAGAUGGAUGUGCUUCACUCGUGUUUUCAUCUGUCCUGUUCAGAGUUCAGCCUGUGAAGAAAGAAGGGACUCUGACUUUUCUGAAUGUUUCUGGGAUCCUGUUCUGGUCUCAAUCCUGACUUCUUCUUCUUCUUCUUCUUCUUUUCUUCUUUUGUAUGAAUUGUGACCCCAAAUAAUUAAACUACUUUCACCUGAUAGAGAAAAUGUACAGUGAGAACCAAGUAAUUUUGUAAGCAUUGUGUAUAUUUUUAUACUUUGAUGCACUGCAGAUGGAGAACACCCAAAAGAGGGUGUGUACUGUAAAAAAACAACAAAAAAAUGUGUUUAAAAAGCUAUUUGUUAUACGAUAGAUCGCACUUUUUGGAAAUGGAGACAGUGUUUGUGACUCGGCGGUCGAGUUGCUUUACUUGUGGACGAGCGUGGCAAUCACCGGGAGUCGGACCCACACCUUUUAAAAGGCUUCUCAUCUGCCAGGCAUUCGUUUGAGCAGGACAACAGUGAACAAACACUACAGACAGCGUUUCCCAAAUUACCAACCCCAACUACGGAGCCUGCAGCGCUUCUGUGUUGCUCGUGGUGGUGAGAAGAUUUGGAAAAAGGUGGAUGUAACUCUUAAAAAGUCCUCCGAAGAGUUCGAAGAGUGUUUUACUAUCUUCUCUAUUCCACUCUGUCCCUUUUCUGUCUCUUCUCUGUGGCACUGUUCUGGUCAUGUGAUAUCCUUUGCUUCAUGGCGUCAGUGGUGUCUGCGACAGUUUAAUAUUUUUGAAGUUCUUUGUACAAAAAAAGACAAUAAAAUGACUUAAAAUGGGUUUAAA